ACGCUCUAUCACAUCAUAGGCUCACUCUUCUCUCUCUCUCUCACGUCUGACUUAAGCUUCAGAGCGCGGCGCGCGCUCUCUUUCUCUCUCCCACCCUCCUCCCUCUCCAUUUUGUUUCCAGUUUCCACCUCUCCCCCUCCUUCUCCAUCACCCUCUCGCCCUCUCUCUUCUUCUCAAGCCGGGCAAAUUGGAAACGUGGUCUGCUUUCAGCAUUCUUUUUUGUCCUAGCAACAGCCAGAUGAUAAUGAUGGCUAUGUAAAGAAGUGUAAAAAAGGAAGAUCUCCAAAGGAGACCAGGUGGUGGUUCCAUGACGAUAAAGUGUAAUAACAUAUCAUCUUGCUCACCUGUAGUCGUUUGAGAGUUUAACUUUGAUGCGUUCUCUUCUUUUUAUGUGAAUGAUGAGAAAAGGGAAAGUAAUUGAAAACAAUAAAAAUAAGGAAAAUAAAGUAGUAAUUCUGAAAACCAGGGCAAUGGUGAAGUUUUAAUUGAUAUGCUGCAUAACAGGUCCUAGUAUUUGUUUAGUAAGCGUAAAAACUUAUUUGUGGUCGACACCUGUAAGAGGUGAACUGACUUAUCUUCGGGUUCUCCAUAAUAAGCGAUCAGCAUUUUGACUCAUUACUGUGCUUAUUAUCUGUGUUCUUGGCCUCCUAAUUUCAUUCUUGUGUUAGUCUUGUCGGGAAUCACUUUUUGAGUGAUCCAUUGGUGGACCAGGUGCCAUCUGGUGUUAGGCUUAUAGUUGGGACUUGGGAAGCAUUGCUUAGGCAAGUACUAAUUAUCUAUAUAAUUGAUAUCUGCUAUGAACUUUUUGCGUUGAUCUUUCUGUAAAUGAUGUUUGUGGGUGUCCAUCCCAUGAUUGGACACUAUAGCUCUUUUUCUUUUUUUGGUCUUUUUUGUUUUGAUUUAGAAGUUAACGGGUAGGACGAGAAGGGCCUGGACAAGGUUGACAAUACAGUAGUAACAGUACCGUGCAGGGGAUUUGGAAGUGUUCCCUGAAGAAGGUUUGAGCCACAGCUUGCGAGUCCUACCAAUGGCAUAGUUGCAAGAAGCAGGUAUCCUAAAUUAGGGAAUGGCAUAGUUGCCAUAAGUAGGUAUCCUGAAUUAGGGAACUUGAGUCCCAUCCGCUUUGUGUCGGACAGCAUUGGCAUUGAGCAAAGGCGAGUAAGACUUUUGCUUUUAUCCUCCAGAAAUUUGCUAAAAAUAGGGCCCCCAAAAACUGAUGUAGCAUUCGAUAAGUAUAGUUCUAUACAGUUAAAUGCAUUCAAAUGAGUUCAUGAAAUAAGUAAAAAAAUAUUAAUUUAUUAUACACGCAGUUAAGGUUUUUGCUCGUGGGUGGAACCACCUCCACCUCCCCUCCCUCCUCCAGCCGGCCACCCUCCUCUACCAUGUCGCCUCCUCAAAACCCUCUCGUCUGCCUCCUUCCCUCCCACCGCCCCAGAUCCACUAUCUUCUGUCCUCCCCACUCGAAACCCUCUCGCCUCUCCCCCACCCCCUCCACCGCCAUCCCAAACCCAGAUCCGCCCUCUUUCGCCUUCUCUCAAUCCCUCCUCCCUUCUUCCACCUCCUCUUUUGCGGCUCAGGUUGGGGUUUGUUCAGGCGCUGUGGUGUAGCUAGGGUGGCUCGGCUUAUGGAUUUGAUUCUGAAUCGAUUGCUGAGUUCUCGCUUUGCCGCUCUUCUCCCCCGAGUUGGCUAGACAAGGACUGUUGUAUAAGCACCAUGGGCAUUUGCGUAUUGAAAGUUUGUCAGAUGCUGAUUGGGCUGGUUCUCCAUUGGACAUCCCAGCGGACCACCCAUCCCUUCUUUCCCCUUCGCCCGGCCCGAUGAGGUCCGGUGAUCAAAGCUUGCAUUGCUGGGAUGGAAGCGAAUUGGGAGUAGAAAAAUGGUAAGUAAUAGGUGACUGUCGCUGAAUAGGACGCGGGUCUUUCUCUCGGUAAUGCACUCGGCGAUAGAGAACUUAUUGGCAAUAGACAAAUGCGGACUCUUAGUGUGGAACUUUUAAUGUACUUGGAGAGUGCCUACCCAAUCCACAUGGAUAACCCGAUUGUUGAGGUCUGCGUACCCAAUGGAGGGCUCCGGGAUUUGGGUGUUUGUAGACUCUAGGCAAUUUUUUGUUCUUUAUGAGCAUGAGAUUUGUCUGUUUUCAAAAAAAAAAGACGAUUUUUCAAAUUUCUAAAAUAAUGCAUAAUUUUAAAAUUUGACCUUGUAGAAUACUACUCCCUUUUUUAAGCGUUUCUUACGGAAAAGCGUGCAAUUUUUGGAUAAAAAAUAAAAUACUUUUAUGCAUAAUUUUUUCAAUUUCUUUGCACCCAUUUAAAAACUUCAGUUAAUUCUUUAAAUUGGCGCAUAAAAGUUUAAAAAGUUAUGCGCAGAAGUACUUUAUUUUUUUAUUCAAAAAUUAUACUCCGUACUAUUAAGUAUUUUCGCAAUAAACACUUAAAAUGCGAUUGGGGGAGUGAGAAUUUUGAUUUUUGAAGUUUACUUGUCUUUUCCUCAUUUUGCUAGUGAAAUAUACUUGCGGAUCAUCGUGGUAUCGCACUCAAAGAAUGCAUUGAAAAUGAGAUGAGGUUUGGAUAUAGUUCCAAUAUUUUUUAUGGAGUGUAAAUGUUGGCCAGUCUAUCACAUUAUUUUGUUCUUAAGAAUCUCUUCAAAGAAGGGUCCGAGUCCGUAAAUCUAAAAGUAGACUCCGUAAAUCAUUGGGAGGUUUCAUUCCAUAUAUAUAAUGUGCAUGAUUCCAAUUUGUACUCCUGCUUAAAUUGAUGAAUUUUCUAAGUUGAAAGCUGUUUAACAGCAAAGCAGUAUCAGAAAUCCCUAUUUGCAACUAUUUUCGCCUUCUUUAACCAAAUACUAGAAACAAAGUUUGUUUCAUUGUCCAGUCAAAUUGCUUCCCCCUUUGACUACGCAUGGCUUUGUCAAAUAUCUACGGCGUCGGACAACUUUUCUUCCUUUUAUUUAGUCAAAUGUGAAACCCAACCACCUAAUUUUGUCCAAACCGUUCUAAUAAUACUAUGUUCACCUGAAAUGGCCGCCGUUGAACUCUGAAUCUCUCUCUCUCUCUCUCUCUCGUGGUAAGGAUGAUGAUGACCAUGGGCGAGGUGAACCAAAAGAGGAUCAAAACCAACGGCAUAUGGCUGAACAUAGCAGAGAAAGGGGCAGGACCACUAGUACUCCUCCUUCACGGCUUCCCGGAGUUCUGGUUCGCGUGGCGCCACCAGAUCACCCACUUGGCUAACCACGGCUAUCAUGCUGUGGCACCCGAUUUGAGGGGCUAUGGUGAUUCCGACUCUCCUCUCUCUCCCUCUUCCUACACCGUUUUCCACAUCGUCGGCGACCUCAUCGGCCUCCUUGAUCACUUUGGUGAGCAACAGGCUUUUGUAGUGGGUUCUGAUUGGGGAGCUGUUGUUGCUUGGUACCUCAGCCUAUUCAGGCCUGAUAGAGUUAAGGCCCUGGUUUGUCUCUCUGUUCCAUUUUCACCCAGGUCUCCUAAUAUCAAAACCACUGAAUCCUACAAACAAAUGUUUGGAGAUGACAACUAUGUGUCUCAGUUCCUGGAACCCGGGAGGGCAGAAAGGGCAUUUGCAAGAUAUGAUUAUGUGACCGUGAUGAAGAAGUUCUUACUGAUCAACAAGACUGAUCUGCUGAUAGCUCCACCAGGCAUGGAGAUUAUCGAUUUCCUGGAAACCUCUUCCUUUUUGCCAUCAUGGAUUACUGAGGAUGAACUCCAGGUCUUUGCCGAUAAAUUCCAGGAGUCUGGAUUUACCGGACCUCUCAACUACUACCGUGCCAUCGAUCUCAAUUGGGAGCUUCUUGCACCAUGGCAGGGGUCAAAAGUAACAGUUCCAGCAAAGUUAAUAGUUGGUGACAAAGAUAUUGGAUUCGACUGCGGCGGAACAAAGGAAUAUAUUAGGGGAGGUACUUUCAAGAGCCUUGUUCCCAACAGCGAGGUGGUUAUUAUUGAUGGUCAUCAUUUUAUCCACCAAGAGAAAGCUCAAGAAGUCUCCGACGAAAUCCUCUCUUUUAUUAGUAAAUUUUCCGUAGCAGAGUGAUAUCAUAAUUUCUGAUGGCAUCAAAUUUUAGAAUUUUGAUAACAGAAGCUGAAGCCAAAUUGCAGUUCAUUGUACAUUUUUCAUGUUUUCAUCUGAGAUGUAUAACUUCUACUAAAUGAUUCAAAGUUUCAGUGUGAAGUCUA